UCAUUUUAUGGCAGAUUCAGGCACUUCUUGGACAUCAUCGAUCCGCGCACUCUCUUUGUGACCGAGCUGUGGGGAGCUCAAAAAAUCAAGCAGGCCAUCAUCCAUCCCGACACAAAUGAGACCAUCUUCAUGCCUUUCCGAAUGUCAGGUUACAUUCCCUUUGGAACACCCAUCGUUGUUGGUCUUCUCUUGCCCAACCAGACACUGGCAUCCACUGUGUUUUGGCAGUGGUUGAAUCAGAGCCACAAUGCCUGCGUCAACUAUGCAAACCGCAAUGCGACCAAGCCUUCUCCGACGUCCAAGUUCAUCCAGGGCUACUUGGGAGCUGUCGUAAGCGCUGUCUCGAUAGCAGUGGGCCUUAAUGUUCUGGUUCAGAGAGCAAACAAGUUUACCCCCGCCACUCGUCUCUUGAUCCAGAGGUUUGUGCCAUUCCCUGCUGUCGCGAGUGCCAAUAUCUGCAAUGUUGUCCUGAUGAGGCACACGGAGCUGGAAGAAGGAAUUGAUGUUUUGGACAGUAAUGGAAACAUUGUCGGGUCCUCCAGGAUUGCUGCAAAACACGCACUGCUAGAAACAGCCCUGACCAGAGUGGUUCUGCCAAUGCCUAUACUGGUUCUACCUCCAAUUAUAAUGUCCAUACUGGAAAAAACAUCACUCCUGAGGUCCCGUCCCCGGAUGAUUCUCCCGGUCCAAAGCCUUGUGUGCCUCGCGGCCUUUGGCCUGGCCCUCCCCUUGGCCAUCAGUCUCUUCCCACAGAUGUCUGAGAUCGAGACAUCUCAUCUGGAGCCAGAAAUCGCAAUGGCCACCACCAGUAAGACUGUAGUCUACAAUAAAGGACUGUAAGUGGAAGCAGACCAUCUCAGCCCAGAAGAUAUGGGGAGGGAAAGGGGGAAACUUGCGAUCCCAACUGGGGCAAAGAAAGCACCAACAAGCUAAAACAAAUCCUAGAGCUCAGCGAUAGUAAUGUCUUACUGCUCCCGGCCAACCAGGAGUAUAUUAACACUUGCAGAGAGCUGACACCUCACACCAGUCUAAAAGGUUAAUAUUAAAAGUUUCACGUUAGCAA